GUUUCAUCAUUUGUCUCAAAAGGUUCGUAACGUUAAGAAUUUUCUUCUACAAUUAAGAAAACGUAAAAACCUAUUGGCGUUCCCGGCACAACGCACCAACGACAUGGCUUCUACUCAAGAAGAAAUUCUUCCUGAAGGAUGGGAAGCUCGCAAGAGUAGAAGUACAGGAAUGACAUACUAUCUCAAUAAGCAUACAAAAAAGUCUCAAUGGGAAAAACCGGGUGGACCAGCUUCUGAUGAUGAUGAUGAAGAUGAUGAUGAUGAGGGUGGUAUUCCCAAGGAGGUAAGAUGCAGCCACUUGCUUGUAAAACACAGUGGAAGCCGCCGACCAUCCUCAUGGCGUGAAGAGCAUAUUACACGUACUAAGGAGGAAGCUCUUGAUAUAUUACAAGAGUAUCGCCGUAAAAUCAUUGACAGAGAAGCUAAAUUUGAAGAGCUGGCAAGUACAUAUUCUGAUUGUUCAUCAGCAAAACGUGAUGGGGAUUUGGGUCGUUUCAAGAAAGGUCAAAUGCAGAAACCAUUUGAAGACGUCGCAUUUUCCUUGAAAAUAGGACAAUUGAGCCAACCAGUUCACACUGACUCUGGCAUUCAUAUCAUUCUUAGAACUGCCUAAAGAUUGUUUUCACAGUUAAUACUACUUAAAAAAGUGUAAAACAAUAAUAUCAAACUUAUAUACCCACAAUAUCGCAAAUACAAUCAAGUAUAGAUCU